UUUCAAACCGUCACCUCACGCGUAUUUCCCUGAUAACAAAUGGAACAUUCUGCUAAUAUCGUAACUCAUUCAAACGUGGGGUCAGGGUCGUCAGGCUUCCGUCGGAGAUGCUUAAAUGCUAUAGGAUCUCUGUACGUUACAAUGAUACGCUCACGGUACCUUUCGAAGCAGGACUCUAUCCUUUUUAGACGACCCUUCCCAUCUCUCAACAUACGGUACAUAUAUCGCUGCUCGUGACCCUCCACUACCACGUAUCGAUGGGCCUCCUUCUAAUCUUCGUUCUCGCCGCUCUCACUUGGGCGUACCUCAAGUUGAAAGAUGUCGGCAAGAGAGAACCCGGACUACCUCCUGGCCCUCCAACAACGCCAUUGCUCGGAAACCUGGGUAUUUUCCCCAAAGAAUUUGCUUAUUUGAAGUUGACUCAAUGGGCACGACUUUGGGGAGGGAUUUACUCUCUCAAGCUCGGUCCCGCUACUGCUAUCGUCAUCAGCGACGCUGCUGCGAUCAAGGAACUCAUGGACAAACGAAGCCAGAGCACUAGCGACAGACCGCCAAAUUACAUUGUAGAAUCUGUUACAGGAGGGUUGAACUUGGUCCUCGCCCGCUAUACCGAUACAUGGAGAACCUUACGAAGAACGGCGCAUUCGAUAUUGACGCCGCAGAUGUCAGCUAAACAUCUCCCUAUCCAAUAUGCUGAGGCGACGCAACUACUCUAUGACAUUAUCCAAACCCCCGACUCAUUCUAUACACACAUUCGACGGUAUUCCAACUCCGUCAUCAUGUCUGUGCUGUUCGGAAAGAGAUCCCCGAGAUACGAAACGCCAGAGACUACCGCUUUCUUUCGUGCUCAACACGAGUGGGAACUCCUGCUCGAGCCGGGUGCCACACCGCCACUCGAUUUGCUGCCAUUCCUUCAGAAGGUUCCUGAAAGCUGGGCGAAAUGGAAAACCGACGCCAAGCAGUGCCGGAAGCACCAACGGGAUCUCUACUUCGGCCUCUUAGAUGAAACUAAAGCACGGAUGGAAAAGGGCGAAGAGAACGGGUGUUACAUGGAAGAGGUUAUCAAGCGCGCAAAAGAGUUUGGUAUGGACAGAGAGAUGACGGGGUAUCUUGGUGGUGUCUUGAUCGAGGGUGGCUCCGAUACUACUUCCUCUUUCCUUCAAUCCGUCGUUCUUUUAAUGAUUGCCUUCCCGGAAACGCUGGAGAAAGCUCAGGAAGAGCUCGACCGCGUCGUUGGUUCUCAUAGGUUGCCCACGCUGGAUGACCUCCCGGAUCUUCCAUAUAUCAGAGCGAUUAUACAAGAGACCCACCGGUUCCGUCCGGUUGCUCCGUUGAUGAUACCCCAUGCCACUAUUACAGAUGAGGAGUAUCAAGGUUACCAUAUUCCGGCAGGAUCUACUAUUUUCGUGAAUGUUUGGGGUGUCUUCCACGAUCCCAACAUAUAUGAUAACCCUGACCAUUUCAACCCUGACCGCUACAUUCUCACUGAAAACGGCAACAAACCUGACGUUGAUGGAAGCGACUUGAGGGCUAACCUUGCAUUCGGAUGCGGAAGGCGCAUCUGUCCUGGAAUUCAUCUCGCCCAAAACUCGAUCAACCUGAAUACCAUGAGGUUACUAUGGGCGUUCAACUUCUCUCGGGCCACCAACCCUGAGACUGGACGAGUCAUCGACGUCAAUGUCGAUGACUAUCAAAAGGGUAUAUUGACCGCUCCAUGCCCAUUCAAGGCUUGCAUCACACCUCGAUCAGCUGAGGUCAUUGAAGUUAUUGAGAGGGAAUUCCAUGAGGCCUCAGAUACAUUCUCCAAGUUUGAAUUUGGGUUGAGCAGCGAGGAUAAGGCGUUUGUAGAUAACUAUCGCUCACAUUGAGUGUCAUAACUGUCCUUUCAAAGUUUAAUUUCAGUGAUUCUUAGUCCACC